ACAAACAAAAAAUAUGGGGAAGCGGUCAGACAGGACUACAAAUUUUCCUUUUAUAUGGAAACGCCGUCAUUCGCGUCGCCUCAUUUUAUUGGCCACUUCUGCCCAAAAGGGGCGGGCCUAGGGCGAGGUUUGGGAAGCAAAAGUGUCAAUGUCAUUCAAACCUGGAUCGUUUCUAUCAAUCGAUUACAACAUCAUCUACAGAUAACGCGAGCCUGAGGAGACAGGCAGCUGCAGGUCAACGUUUGGAUUAAACCUAGUGAAGCAGAAGCUGCCGGUGGACUGGCUGUUCUCAGGAAUCAUGAACGCUCUCUCGGGUAAGAGUGUGCUGGCGCUGUGCAGGGUUUUUUCCAGUCCCCUGUCUCUCCCUCCUGCUAUCAUAGGGGCAGUGAGGGUCUGUCACUCAGGCGUGAACUCCAAGGGCACGGUGUUCACCAAAAAACGAGGCUAUGAUAUCACCAGGAACCCCCACUUGAACAAAGGCAUGGCGUUCACCCUGGAGGAGAGGUUACAGCUGGGUAUCCACGGCCUGCUGCCUCCCUGUUUCCUCUCUCAGGAUGUCCAAGUGCUUCGUGUCAUGAAGAGCUAUGAGACACGCAGUAACCCUCUUGACAAAUACAUAUUGCUGAUGACCCUGCAAGACAGAAAUGAGAAGCUUUUCUAUCGUGUGUUAACCUCUGACGUAGAGGAAUUUAUGCCUAUUGUCUACACUCCUACUGUGGGCCUGGCCUGCCAACAGUAUGGCCUUGCUUUCAGAAGACCAAGAGGGCUGUUUAUCACUAUCCAUGACAAGGGGCAUAUUGCCAGCAUGCUGAACUCAUGGCCGGAGCAAAACAUCAAGGCCAUAGUGGUGACGGAUGGAGAACGAAUCCUGGGAUUAGGAGACCUAGGCAGCUAUGGAAUGGGGAUCCCAGUGGGCAAACUAGCUCUGUAUACAGCAUGUGGAGGAGUGCCACCUCAGCAGUGCCUGCCUGUGCUGCUAGAUGUUGGCACUGAUAAUCAGACCCUCUUAGAUGACCCCUUGUACAUCGGCUUAAAGCACAAAAGAGUGAGGGGCAAAGAAUACGAUGACCUCAUUGACGAGUUCAUGCAAGCUGUCACCGACAAGUAUGGGAUGAAUUGCCUAAUUCAGUUUGAGGAUUUUGCCAACAGCAAUGCCUUUCGUAUUCUCAAUAAAUACCGCAACCAUUAUUGUACCUUUAAUGAUGAUAUCCAGGGCACCGCUUCUGUUGCUGUUGCUGGGGUCCUUGCUGCUCUUAAGAUUACAAAGAAUAAACUCUCUGACCACAAGUUCGUAUUUCAGGGAGCAGGAGAGGCCGCCUUAGGCAUUGCUCACUUAAUGAUAAUGGCCAUGGCCAAGGAAGGUGUACCUCAUGCUGAGGCUGUCAAGAGGAUUUGGAUGGUGGAUUCUAAAGGCUUAAUUGUCAAGGGCAGAAGUCAUCUGAACCAUGAGAAGGAAGAAUUUGCCCAAGAUCAUCCACACAUAAAGACUCUAGAGGAAGUGGUGGAAACCAUCAAGCCCACAGCUAUCAUUGGUGUGGCUGCUAUAAGUGGUGCUUUCACUGAGAAGAUCAUCAAGACCAUGGCUACUUUCAACGAACGCCCAAUUAUUUUUGCCCUCAGCAAUCCCACAAGCAAAGCUGAGUGCACAGCAGAGCAGUGUUACACACUCACUGAGGGAAGGGGCAUAUUUGCCAGCGGAAGCCCUUUUAAGAAAGUCACUUUGGCAGAUGGUCGUAGCUUCUACCCUGGCCAGGGAAACAAUGCUUAUGUGUUCCCUGGAGUAGCAUUGGGAGUCAUCGCCUGUGGUGUUCGCCACAUCUCGGAUAACAUUUUUCUUACUACAGCAGAGGCGAUUUCUGACAUGGUUACUGAGGAGCAUCUGGCUGAGGGCAGACUGUACCCCCCUCUGAAGACCAUCAGAGAAGUAUCCUUCAAAAUUGCUGUUAAGAUUGUAGACCAUGCCUACAAACAGGGCAUUGCCUCCUGGUACCCUGAACCCAAAGACAAAGAGGCCUUUAUUUUAUCCCAAGUCUAUAACUCUGACUACGACUCCUUCACUCUGGAUUCAUACAGCUGGCCCAAGGAUGCCAUGACAGUUCAGAACGUGUAGGUUAUUCAUCCACAGCCCACUAAAACGGAGAUACUCAUAUCAGUCUUAUGCCUUAUUUUUCCGUUUAUAAUCAUCUGAUGAUAUACACUCCAGCUCCAGGCCACCCAAUCCUAAAAGAGUAGCUGCUCCCACUGAUUUAACACAAGAUUUGAACCUAUAGCUGAGAAUCCGCAGAGGGCUAUCAGCGAUAAAUGAAUGCAGUGUUCAUUCAAGCUCAAAUUGUCUUCAGAACAGUGGCUCAAUUCAAAGGGAAAAAUGCAGCUAUGUUUAAAGUAGUAACAAGCACUUUCCCAAUUAAACAGGCUACUGAAUCAGUGAUCUUCUCCAGUUUAUUAGUUCGACAUUAGCUUUCUAUCUGUAAUUUCAUUUAUUUCUAACCAGUUAUCCACUCCAAGUAUUUAGCGCUCCUGCAAAUGCAAAUAUCAUUGUAGGGAGAAACUAUUUUUGUACAGCGACUCCUACGUGGAAAUAACAGACUGCCUGGGUUGAAUGUUUGUAUGAAAAGGGAUUUUCAUUAGUUAGGUAGGUAAAGUAGUUAUCCAGUUGUCUGCUGUGUGAAUUGACUCCUUUUGCAAUUCAUUUUUUUUUACAAGUUGUCUAUGCCAAAAUUUGUCCAAUUUUAAAUGCAUUAUUGACAUGUAGCAAUGAAUACUGGAAAUUGUUAGCUUGAGUGUAUCAGUUUAUUUAAGUGUCCACCUGAAAAGCAGGCUACAUAUGUGUUCAUUGCAGCAUGUGGAAUUGUUUUUAACUUUUCUCCUCAUUUAGAAAUAUGCUUUGCUUAUUAGUAACGCACAACUAUGGAAUUAUAUUUUCAGAUAUUCAAGGAGAUUUUGAAUAAACACUUC